UUGUUGUUGUUGUUGCAACGUUUGACAUAACAAGGCAUAGCUGUGUAAGUAGUGUAAUCUUUUGGGAUGCAUGUUUCUAUAUACUUUUUCCCCCCCGGGGGAUGGUCGGGUCCGUAUUGUUCUGAGAAAGGCAAACAGCUCAUGCAUUGUUGACAGCAUUUAUGUUUGCUGAGGAAAGGAAAGCUGCCGUUGCUCGAAUGUGUGCUGUGGACUGAAGGCAGUUGAUGCUCCCCAGUGGUCUUUGAUGGAAUCAGAACAUGGAAGCUGGGAAAGAAAUUGCACAGCAUUGCAGUGAGACGUUGGAGGAGUAGUGAUGCCCCAGCUCACCCUCAUUAGGACAGCGGCUUCAGUUCCUCAACUCUCCUCUUCAGACAGCCUUCCCUUAGGAGUGUCAAACCAGCAGCUCCUCUCUGCAAUUGUUGCCUCAAGAUCUGCUUCCAGACACCCAGAAUGGUUUCCAUUUGUGCUCUGAGUUUGGGGAGUAAGCCUGUAGUAUGAUAAGAUGUUCCAAGUUCCUUGUAGCUCUCUUCGGAAGAAAAUCCAGAGUGCUCUCUGCUCUGGCCGUAAGAACAGCCCUGUUUGACUUACACGUUGGUGCUGUGGCACUGGAAGAAUUGCACAUAGGCUCCAGGAGUUUCUUGUUUUCACUUGAGUGGUUAGUUCUCUGUGGAUGGAGAAACACUUGAGUCUUAAUUGUUCUGUGUUCAAGGUUUUCUCUAUAGUUGGAACUCUAUAGUCGGAACUCACUUCCCAAUGAGCUACCCAGCCAGUCCUUGUCAGGAGCUGGCUGAGAACUGUGCAGUACAUGCCACAGGAAUGGCACAGGAGGAGAGCCGUCGGAGUCAGGCGCCACCUGCCUUCUACCGUGGUGCCAGCCAGGAGCUUGACCUGUCCACCAAAGUGUACAAGAGGGAGUCUGGAAGCCCUUAUUCUGUGCUAGUGGACACCAAGAUGAGCAAACCGCAUCUCCACGAGACCGAGGAACAGCCAUAUUUCAGGGAGACAAGGGCGGUGUCUGAUGUGCACACUGUCAAGGAAGACCGGGAGAAUUCUGAUGACACGGAAGAGGAGGAGGAAGUCUCUUACAAAAGGGAGCAGAUCAUAGUGGAGGUAAACCUUAAUAACCAAACAUUAAAUGUAUCUAAAGGGGAAAAGGGUGUCUCUUCUCAGUCCAAAGAGACUCCUGUUCUUAAGACGAGCAGCGAGGAAGGAGAGGAAGAGAGUGAGGAGGCCACAGAUGACAGCAAUGACUACGGAGAGAACGAACGGCAGAAGAAAAAGGAGAAGCGCGCGGAGAAAGUCAGGGUUACACAAAGGCGAACCCGAAGAACUGCCUCUGUUGCCGCAGCUGCCACUUCCCCUACACCUCGCACAACUCGAGGCCGGAGGAAGAGUGCAGAGCUACCCAAGCGGAAGAAGCGGGCCACCAAGGAGCCCAAAGCGGCAGUCCAGAAAGCUAAGUGUGAAGAGAAGGAGACCCUGACCUGUGAGAAGUGCCCCAGGGUCUUCAACACUCGCUGGUACCUGGAGAAGCACAUGAACGUGACUCACAGGCGCAUGCAGAUCUGUGACAAAUGUGGCAAGAAGUUUGUCCUGGAAAGUGAGCUGUCCCUUCACCAGCAGACAGACUGUGAGAAAAACAUUCAGUGUGUUUCCUGUAACAAAUCCUUCAAGAAACUCUGGUCCCUUCAUGAACAUAUCAAGAUUGUUCACGGAUAUGCAGAAAAAAAAUUUGCCUGUGAGAUUUGUGAGAAGAAGUUCUAUACCAUGGCUCAUGUGCGGAAACACAUGGUUGCACACACAAAAGACAUGCCGUUUACAUGUGAAACCUGUGGAAAGUCUUUCAAGCGGAGCAUGUCACUCAAGGUGCACUCCUUGCAGCAUUCUGGAGAGAAACCCUUCAGAUGUGAGAACUGCGAUGAGAGGUUCCAGUACAAGUACCAGCUCCGCUCCCACAUGAGCAUCCACAUUGGGCACAAACAGUUUAUGUGCCAGUGGUGUGGCAAGGACUUCAACAUGAAGCAGUACUUUGAUGAACACAUGAAGACACACACUGGAGAGAAACCUUUUAUCUGUGAAAUCUGUGGCAAAAGCUUCACCAGUCGACCCAACAUGAAAAGGCACCGCCGAACUCACACAGGCGAGAAGCCUUACCCCUGUGACGUGUGUGGCCAGCGUUUCCGCUUCUCCAACAUGCUGAAGGCCCACAAGGAGAAGUGCUUCCGAGUGACCAGCCCAGUGAACGUGCCGCCCGCUGUCCAGAUCCCUCUGGCCUCAGCGCCCGCUGCUCCUGCUCCAGCUGUGGCCAGCACUCCCACGAGCCCAGCCCCUGCAGUCAGUAUGAACCCCGUGGGUGGCGCGCUUCCCUCCAGGCCCGUCCCACACCCUUUCUCACACCUGCACAUCCCCACACACCCUCACCAUGCGCACCACCUCCCCAUCCCACCCGUGCCUCACCUGCCCCCACCUCCAGCCCUCUUCAAGAGUGAGCCCCUAAACCACAGAGGCCAGAGUGAGGACACCUUCCUGAGGCACCUGGCAGAGAAGAACAACACUGCCCAGGCUCAGCAUCAUUAGCGCCAGCUGGAGUGACAUCCCCACGGUGAGUUGGCCGAAGGGGCGCAGCUGUGCCUCUCUGGGUUCUCCUUGUCUCCAUGGCCUCCUUCAGGACCUUCCCCAUUGUCCUGGCCGACCAUCAGACUGACCAGAGGGAGCCAACAAGAAUUCCGCCCUCACAACCAGGGGAACCACCAAACUAAAGCCCAAUUUGCUUGCAUUUUCUGAUGACUUUUAUAAAUUUCAGAUACUCAGACUGUGGGAUUUUAUAAUUUCAUAUCAGCGGAUGAGGUAUGCUUGCUUUCAUAUCCUGGUCUUCUCCUCAACGAGGGGCAGGCCUGGUUUUGUUUAUACUGAUCGGGAAGGCUGUGAGAUUAAUCCAGAGCAUUAACUGUAUCACUGUGUAUUGUAAUGAAUUCUUUUCAGCUUUGGUGCUGGCUGCAGUCAAGCUGGCCAUGUUUCACACAAUAUCAAGCAUUAUAGAGAAGAUGGGAAUUUUCUUCUUUGUGUAGCUCUUUUAACACACUCUUUAUUUUACUACAGAAAUUAUUUUAGAGUUUUUGUAUAGACUUUAGUAGUCUGUUUCUAAAAUGAAAUGUAUUUCAAUAAGCUGUGUAAUUUUUUCAGUGUAGCUAAACCCAUGUUGUAAAAUAGAUAAAUUUUUUAUAAUCAUCAAAAUGUGAUUCUUAAAGAUGCAUAUAAUAACUUCUAUUUCAAAUUUAUUCUUAACAUCCGUACAACUCAAAGGUGCUUCUGAGACUGGGUGAAGGUCACCAGACCAGGUUACUACAAAAGUAAGGUUCAUAAGUACUCAGUAACUUGAAAAUCUUUGCUGGGCAUUCAGUCCAUCAGACUCACUGACAUGCUCCAUUCUUGGUGUCUGUCCCUUUGAGCUCCUCUAUGGAGUCAGUGAGGUGGUGUGCUGGAAUAGGGUCACCAAAAGCUUACCUGGUUUGAAAACCUGAGUAACGUUGUGAAUAGCUUCAGAAGGAAGUGGCGGAGGUUUCCUUUUGAUCACGCCUGUUUCUCACUUCUCUUAGGAUCUGUGUCAUGCUCAGCUGUUAGGGGAAGAUAAAGUGAAAUCUUAUUUUGAGGUUGCUGUGUUUUCCAAGAGUUGUUAGGAGAAGCUAAAAUGGUGAACUGAAAUCACAAACGUAAUUGCUGAUAGUAGCUGAGAAGACAAAUUGGCUUUUUAAAUUUUAAAAUGUCUGCAGUCUCUAAAAUGUGGGUGUCCAGAGCUGACUCCAUCUGCCGUUUCAGCUGUAGGAAACCCCCAGUAUUGCUGGCCAUUCUCUGCAGAUAGGUGUGGUAGCAACAUCCUAGCUGAGGAAGGAGCAACACCCCUGCCUCUGCCUCUGGGCAACUCACUCGGUCAAGAAUUGGGGAACUUCCAGAGUAUGGUCACCCUGGAAUGUAUUCUACGGAAGGCUCAAGAGAAGCGCUGACAUAGUGGUUUCAGUUAGCUGGCAAAUGUGGGCAGCGGAGCUACAUUUCAUACUUCUUCACCGUAGAGACUGAGUUCCUUCUACUCCUCUCCUUUUUAAGAAUCUCAGAAUUCCCUCAUCUCUCUCUUUCCCCAGGCUCUUAAAUCAAAACCUUAGCUGUUACUUAUUUAUCUUUGGUAUUAAAUGUGCAGAUAUGUGUCGUGCACUUUUUUUUCUGGCCACUUAACUCUGCAGUGGGAACACAUGGACUCUGGAUUGAGGUUAGGUUCUACUUUUAAGUAUCACACUCUACAUUAGUUUUUUUGGUUUAGUAGUUCUAGACUUACUCUAGUUUUACCAUUGUCUUCUAUAAUGUGUAGGAACAAUUGUGUGCUGAGGCAGAAAAGUAUCUCAGGACACACAUUUCCUCCAGUUCAAGGUGUAAAUUUUAAUGGAUGGUAGUUUUAAUAUUUGCAUACAUUCUUGCAGCCCCCACAUACUCAAGCCAAAUAAGGAAUCCAGUUCCUAGUUUCUGUUUUUGGCUUUAGAGGCUCUCUGCUCACCUCCAUCAUCUCCAUUGUAUCCCACGGGCAGUCUGCAAAUCUACACUUUCAUGCAGACAAACCAAUAUUUCAUGGUUGAGCCUACAAUAUUAAAAUAUUUUUUGUCAGAAGGUAUAAACUGUAGCUUAAUUAAUUGGUCAUAUCUUAUUUUGUACUAAAUAAUUUUACAAUAUUGGGCAGAGAUUCUGGAUUCUAGACUUGAGGCUGUUGAAUCAACCAUUUUAUGGUUGGUUGUACUACAAAUACUCAUUGAAAAAUUCAGGUAGUCCGUUCCGAUUUUUUUUUUAUUCAAAUGACUAUAGCCAUAAGAAACUGUCUGCUACAUAGGGAAUCCAGUAGUAGCUCAAUAACCACCACAAUCCUUAACAGAAGCAGGAAAAAAGGAAUUUUAAAAAAAUGAAUUAGCACUGUCACACUGUAAUGUAUUGUGGAACAAUCUAGAAAUGCCAAUUUUUUUAUUUUUAUUUUUUUGCUGGAUAAGUAUAUCUUCCCUGACUUGGGAUUUGUAAGAACCCUGCUCUAAAAAGUGAAUCUCCUCAUUGUCAUGUGUGAAUAACGAGCAUAUGAAUAAUGAAUCCACACAGAAAUGCUUUUGAGUGCAGGAACACAGGGUUGAGCCUUAAACAUGCAGGUGCAUUGGGCUUAGCGUGCUGAAGACUCAGACUCAGGGUUGAAGUGUGCUUGGGGUCCACUACUAAGAUAAAGCUGCGUUGUGUGGUGUGUUCUCCCACGAGUUCUGCAGAACCUGUUCAGUUCUUGUUAUCUGUUACGAAAAAAGGCGGUAGAGGAGUUUGAGUUCUAGGCCCAUAUCUAUACUUUGGUCUUGUAAAGACAUAGGCCACAUUUCAGAAUAACAGAUAUUAAAUUGAGGCUUUCUCAUUGUCAUUUUAUGCUAUCUUCAAAGGCCUGUAUCAUUACUAGGGUUACUUUAUCUUCAAAUGGUUUUUAUUGUUGCAAGGAUUACUUAUUUACUUAUACGUAGACCAGGCUAGCUUCAAACUCACAGUCUGAGGACUGACUGGGUCUAAAGGAGUGAACCACAACAGCCAACACCCAAUAUCUUUUUGUUGUUGUCUUUUUUUCUUUUCUUUUUUUGAGACAUGGUCUCACUAAAUACCUAAGUUGGCCUUGAACUCCCUUGAGGACCAUGGUAGCCUCAAACCAAUGACUCCCCCCCACCUUGGUUUCCCAAGUGCUGGGAUUACGAAUGCCUGCUUCACCCUUCCUGGCUUCCACAAGGACAUUUUUGAGUUGGCGUUACAUUUUUAGAGGUUGGGUUAUGCAUCUUUUGUUCUUUUCUCAUAGAUUUGUCAUUUGGAUGCAAACUUUUUUAGCCUAAUGAAAGACUGUUGCUCUCAAAUUGAAUCAGGUAGGCUCAUACUGGGUUAGAUUUUUAAAACUUAAUGAAAAGAAGAUGAACCAUUAAAGGCAUGUGGCUUCAUUUUUAGAUAUUAUUUUUUGCUUGAUUCUUAUUUUUAGCAAAUGGUGAAGUCUCCACAUAAAACUUUAAUAAAGUUCAAAGACAACCUUGAAAAUCAUUUUCAUGUACUGUCUUAGUAACCCUCUGACCAGUCCUUCAGCGUGGGCCCUUCUGGAGUUGUCCUGUCUAAGAACCUUGUCUAUUGGAAGCGUCCUUCUGAGCUUGACCCCCCUGCCACUGCUAACAAGAGGCAAACUCUCUGAAGCUUUGAAUAUUUAACUUCUUAAAAUUUGUUUCAGUUUUUAUUAUUGUUGAAUGGAUAUGUGUUUAGUUUUGUUUUUAUCUGACUGGAAGAUUUAAAGCAUAAGACUAUGAAGCAGAGAACUCUAGUGCAUGGAGUGAGAGAGAUCCACAUACACACACACAUGAUAUGUAUGUGCACAUACGUAUAUAUGUACAGAUAUGUAUAUGGAUUUCUCCCCUCUUGGAGAUUUUGGUUAGGAAAACACACUAUGGUAGGUGAGUUUUUGUGUUAAAGAGAAAAACUAAAAUUUGCAUUAAAAGAACCCUAUUUUAGUUAAAGGGACCCUCUGUUUAAGCUACUGUAUGGAAAUGCCACUUUUGUUACUUUGAAUGGUCCGCAUGAUAUGGAUUUUGACGCUGUUCUAGACUGUAUGUGGAACCCAUCAUGAAAAGGUUGUGUUAGAUCUAACCAUUUUAGCAACUUAAAAAAUCAGCUGUGAUUCUUAAAACUCUAAGGCUGAGCAAAGAAUUAUCAGGUUUUAAGUUUUUUUUCUUAGUUUAAGUUAGAAAAUUUCCCCGAAGUUCUCUCUCUCCAUCCUUUUUUCUCUUUUUCAGGAAUAAAAGGUCAUUAGCCAUUAGAAAUGGUGGCAUUUGUUAUGCAAUAGCAACUCACUAGCUAGUCCGCUCCUGUCAUCUGUAGCACUCAUGAGAAGUAAUGCUGACCUUCUAACCCUGGAACUACCUCGAUAAAGCAACCCAGAGAUCCUCGCACACACUUUCUAUGGAAGCCAUAAAUGCGUCAAUAUGUCCACCUUCACAGUUCUAUACUUUUAUACUCGACAGACUUUUUUUAUGGACUUAGAUCAGACCUUUUCGUCUUAGAGAAUAGCUUUUGCAAGACUCCAAGGAAAAUCAAAUUCCCUAAAUGUCCCAACUUUGAAGUCUAGCUUUGGUAAAUUUGUUUAAAGAACCAGAUGUCAUGUCAUUCAAGAAAAAAAAAUCAUAUGUUUAAAUUAAAACUGCUUUGCAGACCUACGUAUUGUGAAAACAAAUUCCUUUUUCUUGUUCCCUAAGUCGAGGCCGUGUUGUGAGAGGGGGGCCCCCCCCCCCCCCCCCCCCCCCCCCGUUAACUCAGUGUUCCUGGUUGAUUCGUGCAUAGUGACAGUUUUCCUGGAGUUGUUUCUGUUACUGUAGCACAGGCGCAGUACCUGUUUGUCUGAUCGGUCAUUCUGCUGUCUGUGCAGCUUUAGUCUCCAUCACUCUGCUCUCGAGUGCCUUCAAAAAGCCCAUGUCCUGGAAUCUUCUUUCCCUGGUCUGGAUCCUACCUCUGAUUGUUUCAUUCUCCGUGAGUGUUGGAAUUCACCCCUAUUCCAAAGGGCUUACUCACAAACUUGCUAAAAUCUGGCUGAGGAUUGUAAACACAGCUGUGCUCUGUUCCCCAUGUCACUGCUGAGUCCCCGUUUGUAGCUCCUCUUUGUAUCUUACUCCCCGCAUACAACACCUCCAGUACUAGAGCCCUUCUGUCCUCUGCCCUCUUUCCCUUUCUCUCACCACAGGCUGCUGUGUGUCAGCCAGUGUGUCUCUGGGCUAUCUUUUUCUCAGCUCAAGUCUUCCUGGAUGCCUACCCUCUGGAACUAAAGGAAUAGCGAAUGCUGCUGUUGCUACACAUCCUCUCUUUCAUAAAUGCUUUACAGGGUUCCUCCUGUGAUCUUAGUUUAGUCAUAGGAACUUAAAAGUGCCCAGGGUUUAACAAGAGUCCUUUUUGUUUUUGUUUGUUUGCUUUUGGAUUGGCCGAUCUCAUCCAGCCACCUGUCCCCUUGCAAACCCCAGUUUAUUUUCUUUUCUAUUUGUCCUCUUAUAAGUCAUUUAAAAGUGUUAUUGGUGUAUAAUAUAUGAAAGAUGUAAUAAAAAGGAAACUGAAGUGUGUUCUGUGUGUAGUAAUGUGCACUUCCUUGCUAAAAAUUACUUUAGCAACUGACUGGUCUUUGACAUCCCAGAUUAAAGCUUGUGCUAUGUCAUGGGUUGAUUGUCCCCUCCUAAAGUGGAAAUGGAUGAACUCUUUCAGUGAGGAAAUUGGAUUUUUUUUUAUAGGUAAAUAAACACUAAUGAAUAUUUUGACCUUAGUCAAAAUCUUUGCUUUCUGACUUACAAUCUCUUGCCUCUUUCCUGAAAGUUAUUAGUACUGAGGCAUCCAGGAUGGGUAGCUUCUGGAGUAGGAAUCCCAUAGGGCAGCUGUUGAUAAAUUUUUAAGAUUUUUUGUCUGGGAACAUACAGGAUGUUAAUUGGUGGGACAGUACCAAAUUGUGAGAAUUGGUUUGAUAAUACAGAAGACAAGACAUUUGAAUGUUUCACUGCUGUUUAGAAUGAGAGCAGUAUGCAGGCCAUAAGAGGUAGGCUCUGUGCUGUGGAAAUCAUUGACCUAUCCCUGGAUGCCUACAAGUACCCGCUUUGAAACUCUCCAGAGAACCCCGGCAUUCAGAUAGUGCAGAGACAUACUUACAUCACUAGGAGGAACUUCAGCCUUUGAAAAGGCUGGCUGCUUGUUUUGGGAGUGUAUUUAUUAGGGUACCUUUGGUCAUGUAUCAAAGGACAUUCUUUCCCCUCAGAGGUGUUUCUGUGGCUUAACUCCAGGUUACCUUCAUCCUAUUUGAGCUCCUCUGAGACCAGGAAUGUGACAGAUUACUUGAAAAUGAUUUUUAUAGGAAAUGGAGAUGCUCAAAAAGGUCUGGAAGCUGGGUUUUGCUUACCAUCAAAAGGAAAUCUGAUGCUUGUGUUGGCUAGUUUCAGUGGAGUCAAGAGAAGGGAGCGGCUUGUUUCUGCACACAGCCUCUCCAGUCUUCCUUGCAAGUGAAGGGGGCCGUGGAGCCAGAAGCAGAAGGGUCUCGCUCACACCCUGCAUAGGAUCUGAGACUUCUUGGCAGCAUUGGAAGGUGUCUUUCCAUACAUGAUUGAUCACUUGAGUUAAGUCAAAAAGAAAGAAACAGUGUAGUGUGGUGUGUUUACUUCUCAAGUUAUAUCAUCAGAUACGUGGCCUCAGAAAAUCAAAUGAAUUAUUUUCCACAAGUUUGAAUAUGAGUAAUUUUUUCAUUUCUUGAGCUGAUUCUAUUCCAUCUGUGGCAGUACUUGUUUUGACCACAAAGGGGCAGUAAAGUACUUCUCAACUUCUGGGAUAUCCCUUGGCUCACUGAUUGGAUUUGACUAAAGCAUUCUCACAUAUCACUAACUUCAAUGGAUGCUCAGGCCUCGUGAUGGGAGCAGAGAUUCCUGGGUCUGAGGUUCGUGUGGGUCAGCAGCAUAAUCAUCCAGCCUUUGUGAAUGUUGGUGACAUGAGAUUGAAAGCUAGGCCCUCAUCAUGAAGGAGCCUGUGCUUACUAAAGGCAGAGCUAAAAGGCGGCCCUCUUCCCUAUCUCCUCCCUGCGUCAGCACAUCUGUGACAGCCGUGGGGUCCUCUGUAGGACGUGUAAGCACAUGUGCUCUCCCCUCCGUCUGCUCCAAGCUGGUGCCUUGUCAUGGGGAGGUCUCCCACAGCAGGCACCCCCAUCAGGACAGAUUUUGGCCCAGCCCUCUCCAUCAGUUCCUUGUCUUUGGGCCCCCUGGUCUUCAUCAGCUCUCUGGGAGUUUUGACUGCUCAGAUGAAUAGUUGGUUAUCACCAGAGGAAACACCAGCCUGUGGGCAUUUACCCUGUAGGAUCAGGAAGCGCUUACCUGCGAAAGGGCGUCCCUCACUGCUUCCUCCCUGGUCCCUUUUCCCCAGAAAGACCCAAGGACCCAAUCAGUGCCAGAAGUAGAGUGGGGGUCCUUGUCAUCCCAGCACUAGACAGAAGCAGAACGGAAGCAGGUGGUAGGCAGAUGGCUUUCCCCAUAAUGCUGAGGUUACUUGUACUUUCUCAUUUCUUAAAAGGAAGUCCAGUUUGCUUGCCAGGAAUCCUUAGCCUUAGGUUUACAAAGCUUGCUGUUGAAUGUUUGUCCAAAGGAGUGUGAGAAGAGAGAAGCUGCUUGGUUCCAGUCCUGCCUGCAAGGUCAGAAGGUUGACUGUCUAGAAUUCGACAAUGUCUCCCUCUUGUCUCUGCAGAGGUUAAGACAGGUUGAGACUAAGUGAGGAAAAGUGUCUGUCAUGCUGUAAAGAAGCCUUCAGGGGGAGUGUGGGGGUGACAGGUGGGUGGGACAGGAUCUCUUGAGAUGGGAAGGAUGGGAGAGGAGGGCUUCUUGGCCCAGGGAGCUGCGUGGUGGGCUCUGAACUGGCCCACAAUUCCUGGCUUCCCUGACUCAUCUUUUUCCCAGCAUCCUGUCAGAUCUCCUGGUGUGGUAAUUUGCUUCUUGUGUUAAGUAUACCAAUAUUAUUUUUUUAGCAAUUGAAAUGCACUUUUUUAUUUCAACUCAAUCAUGAUUUUAAGUAUAAAAAUUUAUAGAUUGUUAAAACUACUUUUUUGUGUAUUUUUAACCACUCGAUGUAGCAUUGUAUAUUUUAUUCUUAUUAAGACUCUGGUACAAGGUGUGCCAUUUAAUGAUUUUUUUUUCCCCAACAUGCUGGGCCUUUGGAUGUGUACGGUAACCAACUUCAUGCUAAUGUUCAAAGUAAAAAAAGAAGAAAACGCA